AUGGAGUGCGAGGUACUUUCAUUUCAUGCCGAGCCCACUCGCUUCGCUAACCACGCCUCCUCCCAACAGCUUUACAAAUCCAUAGAUAUCACCCAUCCGGUCACAGGCGAGCACAACGGCAUGCUCAUCCUCGCGCACGUCAAGUACAUCCACGUGCUCAAAGACGUGCUCAAAGACAAAGGUGUCACCGAUUUCACAAUGCUGUUGCCCGUUUGGAAAACAUCUCAUAUUCCACCUUCUCCGAUUACCAAGAGUGCAGGGCGUGAUUUCGGUAGCCCCGCCGUCCACCCAACCCAUGCCGCGGAGCAUAGCAGCUCCAAACAUAGUAAUGAGCACACGCGCAUAGUCGUCGAUGGUAGCAACAUCCGGAAGAUCAGUGACGUUUUGCUGGAGGGCAUCGGUUUUGCUGAACGAUCCAUAGAAUCACAUAGAACUUCAUAG